ACCAUCACGUACAUUUCAAGUACCUUUCCGAUGUAUUGACAGACGUAAGGAAAGAUAAAGUUUUAUAUAUAUAAGUAUGUAGCUCUAAUUCUCAUGAAAAUAAGAUCUAUUUUUUGAUUAGUAGAUUAUGUUUACGUCAAGAAUUGGAUUAUCGUCUAUAUUUUCACUAUUUAAGCGAAGGUUUUUCUAUACUUCUCACAUUCAUCCGACGCGGCAAACAUGAAGGCAGCUUUAGUUUUCUUGACUGUGCUCGCUCUUGGGCUAGCCAUCCCUCAGCCCAGGAAAGUCUUCCAUGAGCAUUUUAAUGAUUUCUUGGACCUCAUAUUCGAUGAAGCUGGCCAUGACAUCGAGCAUCUGAUGGAACAUUACCAGGAAUUCGAAGAAUUUAACGCAGCUCUGGACUAUCUGAAGACCAAGGACUUCAACAAUCUCGUUCAUGAAAUGGAGGACUUACCCGAAUUCAAAGCUGUCGUUGAUUUCUUGGAAAAAGACAACAUUGAUAUCACCUUCUUCAUUGACAUCUUUAACUCCAUGAUCGACCAAGUAGAACGUAAGAGACAGGCCAGGCAUCAGCUCAGUGGCAGGGACAUGAACGCAUUCAUUCAGGACUGCAUCUCAGAAUUCCCUAAAACCAAGUUGGCUGCCUUGUUCGACCAGAAAAUGGGUGAGGAUGAAGAAUUCAAAUCCGCCAUUGAAAACCUCCAGAGUGAAGAGUGGGACAAGGUAUGGAACGCUCUGUGGGAAAGCGAAGUAUUCCUGGAAGAAGUCCAAACCCUUAAGGACAAUGGUAUUGAUGUAUACUGGCUUCUCGUUGAAAUUACAGCUAUCUUCGGCCAUAAUAUUUUGCGAGAGAAAAUGAAGGUCGCACUCUUUCUAUUGGCUCUAGUUACCUUGGGCUUAGCUGCCCCCCAAGCAAGGAAGUCUUUCCAUGAGCAUUUUGAUGACUUCAUGGAUCUUAUUUUAGAGGAAUCCGGUGAUGAAAUAAAACACCUCAUGGAACAUUAUCUAGAAUUCGAUGAGUUCCGCGCGAGUCUGGACUAUGCUUCCACUAAAGAUUUCAACCAGCUUAUCCAUGAGAUGGAAGAUUUGCCCGAAUUUAAAGCCGUGGUUGAAUUUUUGGAAGGUCACGAAAUCGAUAUUAUGUUCUUCAUUGACAAGUUGAAUGAUUUCAUUGACAAUAUGGUUCAAGACGAGAGAAGAUUGAGACAUGAAGUUAGCGGCAAAGACGUUAACGCUUAUAUACAGGAUAUUAUUGCUUUGUUCCCGAAAGAAAAAUUAUCUGCUCUCUUUGAUGAAAAGAUUGAAGAAUAUGAAGAAUUCAAGAGGGCUAUGGAGAGUUUACAAAGCGAAGAGUGGGGCCAGCUGUGGGAUGCUCUGUGGGAAUCUGAGACCUUCAAAUCUGAAGUCGAUACGUUGGGUGAACAUGGUAUCGAUGUAAGAGCUCUGUUAUAUGAAGUCCUCGCUAUCUUUGGACAAAACUAAUUAGAAUAUCAUGUAAAUAUAU